CAACCGAACCGAAAGAAAUCUCGCGCUUUCCAGCUCCUUGGACUCCGACCCUCGUACAGCACUUCUCGCCGCAUAACUUGACAAAGCUUAUUCCCGCCACGAUAACCACUUUUCCAAGAUGACGGUGUCCACUUCCAAGACUGCGGAAACCCCGGAGAAGCCUGCGCGCACCAAGGAAGCAGCGAAAACAAAGCCGGCGGACGACGAGGACAGCGCCAGCGCUGACGACGAAGAGUCGGUGCAGGAUGAUGCAGCUAACGAGGAUAAUGACGGAGAGGAAGAGGGGGAGGAAGAAGAAAAUGGCGAAGAAGGGGGAGACGGUGAGCAACAGGAGGGGGUGGGGUUGUCGUAUCUAUAUACGAACUUUGAAGACGAUGAGAACGAUGAAGACUUUAAGGUGGAUGCCGCAGCCCAAGAGGAUGACGACGACGACGAUAACGACGAUGAUGAUGGAGAAGAAAAUGGCGACGAUGACGCCGCAGAAGAUGAAGACGAUGGCAAUGACGACGGCGAUGAGGAGAACGAUGAGGAAGCAGACGGCGAAGAGGACGAGGAAGAAGAAGAUGAACCGCCAGCCAAGAAGCAAAAGAAGUAACCAGUCCUGGUGAAGUUGCUUGUAAAAAAGAGUGAGUGGGUCAACUGUUGGCUUUAGCUUGGGCAAGCGAACUUUGGGGCGAGGAAAGGAGCGUUGGCUUCUCUGCCUACAUUUUACUUUCCUUGCAGCUCUUUUUAAACUACGAGGGCAUUGCCAACGGACGUCAUCAUCAUUCAACACAAAACGCUCGCCUUACCCUACAUCUCUAAGACGGACAAUUAGCCUCUUACGCCUGUUGUUCUUCAGUACUGAAAUAUAGUUGAGCUGUUUCCAUUCAGUGGUAAGAAUGAACAAAGCAAGAGCCGUGUUGCAACCUACACGUAGAUUAUCACGAUAACAUUCCGCAAGUGAAGUACUACAUUCUCAAU